AUGUUCGCGGUACCCGGAUGGAACGUGUCGGCGCAGGUCAAGACGCAGGUGGAACCGCCCAAGGCCAAAGAAACGAGUAAACCGGGCAAGAAGGCGCAGAAGCGCAAGGAGAGGCGCGAGGAGAAGGAGGUUAAUGCGGAGAAUCUAGCGGAGAAAUGGGAGAGCAUUGCGAGCGGAGGGCAGGCAGAUGGCAAGCAGGUUGGAAUAGAAAAGACAGAGGGUGUGGGAGCGAGCGAGGACGCGGCGCAUGAGAAGCGGGGGAAGAAGAGGAAGAGGGGAAAGGCUGGAGGGAACAAGGAAAAACAGCAGGAUGAAGAGGGUGCAAAGGAGGGAGACGAUGUGGCAGACGAUGCAAAGUCUAUUCCUGCAAAGCCUGCCACGGAGAAGCCUGCAGCUACAGACAGCGAGUCGAAGCGCGACAAGAAGAAGCGCAAGAAGGAGUCCAAGGCCGACAAGCUGCUCGCCGCCAAUGCCGCUUCAGCCACCACGGCACCCGCAGCACCCACACUCGAAAGCCUCCUGCCCGAGCCAAAAGGCCUCACACCACUGCAGCGCUCGAUGCGCAGCAAGCUCGCCAGCGCGCGGUUCCGCCAUCUCAACGAAGCGCUCUACACCAAGCCCUCGGCCGACAGCGCCUCGCUCUUCAAAGAAGACCCCUCCAUGUUCGAAGACUACCACCGCGGCUUCGCGCAGCAAGUCGAAGUGUGGCCCUCGAAUCCCGUCGACGGCUACGUAAACAGCAUCCUGGUGCGCGCCAAGCUGCGGCACAAAGACCAGCGUAGAGACCGCAAGGCCCACAACAAGUGGGCGAUGCGGCGCGGACCGGGCUUUGAAGACGAAGAAGAGGAAUCUACAAGUAUUGCGCCGCCCCGCGGCGACGCAAAACCGCUUCCCCGCGACUUCAAGGGCCACAGCACAAUCGCCGAUUUGGGCUGCGGCACCGCAUCGCUGUCGUACCGGCUGCAGCCGCACCUCAAGGCGCUGAACCUAACCUUCCACUCGUUCGACCUGUCGAAGCCCAGCGGGCCGUCGGCUGACCUCGUCACUGUCGCGGAUAUCGCGGCGCUGCCACUCGCCGACAACAGCGUCGACGUAGCCAUUUUCUGCCUCGCGCUCAUGGGCACAAACUGGCUCGACUUCAUCGACGAGGCGUACCGCGUGCUGCGCUGGCGCGGCGAGCUCUGGGUAUCGGAGAUCAAGUCGCGCUUUGGCCGCGUCGACAGGAAGAAAGGCGGCGGUGCUGUCCCCAUCAAUUCGAUUGGCUCGCUGCGCAAACCACUGGAUAGGAAAAAGGUGCUUGCGAAUAGUAAAAAGGCCAAGGCGGAUACCAAGGCGCCGGAAGAAGGGCCCGAGGACUCGGCUGACGAGGCGGAGCUGGCUGUUGCGGUGGAUGGACAGAGCGCGGCAGAAGGCACAGACGUCUCUGCUUUUGUCAAUGUCCUGCGCAAGCGCGGAUUCGUGCUGGAUGCACUGCCGGAGCGGCCGGGCGAUGCGAUUGAUCUGGGCAACAAGAUGUUUGUCAAGAUGCAGUUUGUCAAGGGGGCGCAUGCGAGUCGGGGCAAAAAUGCGCGCGAGGACCAGAAGGAAGGCGCUGUGGCGCAGAGGGGCGGCGGGCUCAAGUACGGGCUUAAAGGAAAGAGAAUGGCAGUGGAUGAUGACGAGGGCGAAGAGGCGGACAAGGCGGUGCUGAAGCCUUGCUUGUACAAGAUCAGGUAG